AACGGCAAAACUCCCAUCAAUAAAACGCCUCUGUCUUUUACACUUUCUUUUCUCUCAGACACAGGCGUCGUGCUCUCCGCCAUUCUCUUUCUCUUUUCUAAGAUCUAUUUUAUUUCUUUUUCCAUUUCCAAUGGCUUCUGUCGCAGGAACUACUUCACUGUGCUUGACUUCUGUGUCUUGCUCUUUCAAACACACCCAGGGAAGGAUCUCUAGUGCGAAUUCAGUUUCACUUCCCAUCAAUGGGAAUAGUUUCCCAUCUCUUAGGUUGAGGUCGGCACCACGCUUUCGGGUUUCCUGUGUGGCAAAACCAGAGACAGUGAAGAAGGUGUGUGAUAUUGUGAAGAAGCAAUUGGCACUGCCAGAGGAUUCUACAGUCACUGGAGAGUCAAAGUUUGCUGCUCUCGGAGCUGAUUCUCUUGACACGGUUGAGAUUGUGAUGGGGCUUGAGGAGGAAUUCGGGAUUAGCGUGGAAGAAGAAAGCGCCCAGAGCAUUUUGACUGUUCAAGAUGCGGCAGAGUUGAUUGAGAAGCUCAUGGAGAAGAACGCUUAAAUGCUGGAGAGGAGCAUGGAACUGCAGCCAGAAAUCUAGUUCAAUUUAUAUAAAGCCUUUUAAUUUAUAGUUGAAUCUUUACAGAAUGUAGCUGGGUUUGAACUUGGCUGGAUGUGUUUUUUCUGUUGUGAUUUUGGUUUGAUUAGAAGAACUGAAUAUGCUGGACAUCUAUCAACAUUUUCCAUUCUACAA